AUGGUCAAUUUGAAAAUACUGGAUUAUAUUUGUUGUUGUUUUGUUUCUCAUGCUGAUGAGAGAAGUGAAUUACCUUUCAGCCAAUUGUCAAAUCCUUCUCCGAAUACAGCCUCACAUUCGGACGUUUUGGAUACAGCAACAGAUGAUACAUGUGAGAGUUCGGAAAUGGUUAUUGGAUUGUCCCAGGAACAAUUCCAAACCAUGAUUGAUCAUAUCAAAAAUCAAAUGGACUUUGAUGAUGACAAGUCAAGUUAUAUUCUUGAAUAUUUAACGUCGAACAACGUUUGCAUUGAUACAGAGCAAGCACUGGCGUUUAUUGAGGCCAUACAUUUUUCAAAUGCGAAAAUUGUGUUCAUUGAGCAAUUAUUGCCUUAUAUUGUUGACUUAAAAUCUGGAAAGAAGAAACUCGUGAGCACCAUUGGGUUUUACAAUGACAAAAUCAAAGUCAAAAAGCUCAUUAGUGAACAUUUGAAACAACGAAAGUUGAAUGGAACGUUUAUGAAACCAUCAACAUCAACUGUAAAUCAACCAAGAACAAACUCAAAUUAUAGACCCAUUGGAAAUGACUCUACAGAGUUGGAUAGCUUUUCUAAUGGCAAACCUAAACAGAUAUCAGGUAGAAGCACGCCAAAUUACCAAAAUAGUGGCAACAACACGUCCUCUGAAUACUACACCACGAGAAAGUAA